AUGGUGGCCGCGCUCGUCACGCUGUUCGGUGUGCCGGUGCUGGUCCUGGGCGUGGCUUUCGCGUUCAACGAGCCCAAGUCCCUUGCCGUGGCGCUGCCCAUAUGCCUGCUGCUGCCCGGCGUGCGCGACGUGCUGCUGCAUGUUGCGGUCGACAUUUUUCGAGGAGCUGCCAGGGCCCGCCGCUUCGUGUCAGACUCGGAGGCGGAAGACGCAGAGGACGCCCGGGAGCAGCAGGAGCGGCAGCGGCGCCAGCGCUGGCAGCAGCAGGCCAAGUGGAGCCGGCCGCCGCCGCCGCCGCCGCCGCCAGCGGCUGAUUAUGAGCUGCGGCGGGGGGAAUACAACGUGUACCCUCCCCCGCCAGGCACGCCAAGCUCGCCCUUUGCACACGGCUGGCCGCUGUCUGUCCAAGUGCCGCGCUCACCCUUUGCCGACGGCUGGCCUCCAAGCCCCAGCAGCGGCCCGGGCAGCCCCAGCAGCAGCGCGUACCCGCCCCCGCCAGACACGCCAAGCUCGCCCUUUGCACACGGCUGGCCGCCGUCUGUGCAAGUGCCGCGCUCGCCCUUUGCCGAUGGCUGGCCCCCUGGACCCACCCCCAGUGCCAGCAGCAGCGUCAGCUGGCAGCAGGCCCCGCCAGGCGGCAGCCGGAGCUGGCCUGCUUCCUCUGACGCCGCUGGCGGCGAUGGCGGCGGCGCUGGCCGGCUGCGGCCCUACGGCCGCGCCUCUGCCACCCCGCCGCGGCCGCCAUCCAGGGGUCCCGGUGUGGCGGGCGGACACCGUGCCAGCAGGCUGGUGCGGCCCGCCAGCAAGGCGCGGGUGGGGCUCGACGUGGGCGGCCGCAAGGGCGGUGACGCCACGCCGCUGCUGCUGCGCCCCAUCUUUGCGCUCGUCCCCUUCCUCAGAUGGUGGGGAGGCUUCCUGUAG